AUGGAGUACUUCCCCCGGAAGAGGAAUCAGGGGAUCUGGGGUUGGAAGUUACCUGUGACUUGCAGGCCUAGAAGGAGCUCAGGGAGGCUCGCCGGCCUGCGGUGGAGGCGCCGCCGGAGCCGGGCAGUGGAGGAACCCCAGUGGGCGGCGGAGGCGGCAGGGGCGUCUGGCCCUGACGGGAGCCGAGGGGAGGUGGUGGCGGCGGGGGCUCCGCGUUGGGCGUCGGCGGUUCUCGGCGCGACGGGGUGUAUCGCACGUGAAGAUGAAAGCAGGAAGAAGAAAGAGAGAAAGGAGAUCCAGGAGGAUCUGUGGUGGUCUGCUUUUCCUAUUGGGACUGAGUGGGAAAGCAUUGAUAAGAUAAAGGAAUUCAAUUGGAACUUCGAAAAUUUAGAGAAAACACUAGAGGAAGGGGGGGAACUAUAUAUGGGAAGACGGUUUACUUGUUUGGAAGCACCGAGUGUUGACUGUCCUUUUCCUCCAUCAGAUAAGAUUGGCAUAAAUUUGGUUCAAACGGGAAAAGAAGAAAUAGUACCAAUGAAAGAGAUGAAGAUGGCAUGGGUGCCUUAUGUUCCUCUUGAGGACCGGUUUGGCAGGAUUGAAAGUUUGAAAACAAAAAUCUUCACUCUCUGUUGCACCCAGCGGAGGUCUGCGCUGAAGCAUAUGAAAACUGAGAGAGCCAACAAGUUCUACUACUGCAUGCCCUAUUACAUGCCACUAAAUCCUCCUGAAGAUGAAGAUGGCACAGUUGUCAGCGCCAUAUAUUCUCUAGAACCCCCGAUAAUUUGUGAUGUUGACUUGGAAUUGGAUGGUUACAAGGUUUUAGCUCAUAAGAUAGUCAAAGAUGAGGGGUUGCCAGAGGAUGAAAGGGAAAAAAUUGAGGAAUUUCUAAAGGAGAAGGUUAAACAAAGGAAAAUAGAACUGGAACAGGCUGAAGAAGCCAGGAAGAAAGCUAUUGAAGAUAUGGACCCUAAGCAAAGGGAGGCAUUUGAAAACAUCAAAUUUUACAAAUUCUAUCCUGUGAAAACCCCGGAUACACCUGAUGUUAACAUUGUGAAGUCGAGGUACAUCAACAGAUAUUAUCUCAACGCACAUUAUCUGAUGUAA